AUGGUGUUACUACCUGAGAAGCCAGUAUGGAUGUCCCAGCAACAAUAUGAAGAGCAAUAUGGUUCGUUGCUUAAAUUGAAAGAAUCAGAGAAGUGCAAUCAUGAGGACAAACAGCUAGCAUUACAACCCAAAGAAAGUAGCAUCGGAUAUUCGACGCAGGAAAGAAUAGCAAAGCUUUCAGUACCAGAAGUUCAAGAUGACGACAAAAAUAGCAAGGUGCGCAACAGGAAACAUCAGCGAUUUGAUUUAGAAGAGAAGAAGAAAAAGCUGAGGCUGCAGAAGACUAUAGAAGAACAAAUAAAACAUCAUGAUAUUGAAAUGACAGCUAAUAGAGUCGUGAAUGUUGACCAUGUUGUCAGGCAACAUUAUAAUGAGCGUACGUUUCUUUCCAAAAAGCAUAACAGAAAUUAUUCUCCUAUCAUUAAACUUAGAAACUUUAAUAAUGCUAUCAAGUACAUUCUCAUUGACAAGUUUACAAGAGCAGGAGAUGUAGUCUUGGAGCUUGCCUGUGGUAAAGGUGGUGAUUUAAGGAAAUAUGGUGCCGCAGGAAUAUCACAGUUUAUUGGUAUUGACAUUUCCAAUGCUUCAAUUACCGAGGCGCUUAAACGUUAUCAUUCGAUGAAGAACCUUGAAUACCAAGUUAUUCUAAUUACUGGUGAUUGUUUUGGUGAGUCCCUUGGGGUCGCAGUUGAAUCAUUCCCAGAAUGCAGAUUUCCUUGUGACAUAGUGUCAUGUCAAUUCGCUCUACAUUAUGCGUUUGAAACCGAAGAGAAAGCUAGACGAAUGUUGCUUAACGUUGUCAAAUCAUUAAAGAUUGGAGGAUAUUUCUUCGGUACCAUCCCAGAUUCAGAAUUUAUUCGUUACAAGAUGAACAAAAUACCUGAAUCAGUAGAAAAGCCAUCUUGGGGGAACUCUAUCUACAAGGUUACGUUUUCUAAUAAUGAAUACCAGAAAAACGGCAAUGAGUUUCCAUCGCCGUUUGGACAAAUGUACACAUUUUGGUUGGAAGAUGCUAUCGAUAACGUCCCUGAAUACGUUAUACCGUUUGAAAGUUUCAGAAGUUUGGCAGAUGAAUACGGUAUGGAAUUAGAGCUGCAAAAGGGAUUCAAUGAGUUCUUUGUGGAAGAGAUCCCUAACUGGGUAAACAGAUUCUCACCCAAAAUGAGAGAGGGAUUAAAAAGAUCUGACGGAAGGUAUGGGGUGGAAGGUGUAGAAAAAGAACCAGCUGCAUAUUUCUACACAACAUUUGCAUUCCGUAAGGUUAGAGACUAUCAAGAGUAA